AUGGAAAAAUCGAUCAAGAGAGCAAAAAAAUUUCAGCUAGAAAAAGUAAACUCAAAGAAUGCUUUUACUUACAAAGUAAAGGAAAACAAAAGCAAACUCGAAAUUUAUGAAGAGCAAAAAACAAUAGAAAAAAUAAAUACACUUAAUCAGUCUUUAGAAGCCUCAAAAGUAAGAAAUAAGCAGAAAAAAAGAGAGGACUAUCUUAAAGGAAUUGCUGAGAAAUUAAGUGAUGUUAGCCAAAGAAGGAAGAAAAAAGUAAUGGAAGAAUUGAGGAAAGAAGAAGAAAGGCAAACCUUGAGAAACAGAGAAUUUGACGUAAAAGAAUUAAAUAGAGAAAAAAUUCGCGAGCAAACCAAAGAAUGAUACACACAACAAGCCCAACUUCUGUCAGAAUGAAACAGCCUCCGCAGGUCUGAUCACUAUGAAAACUUCACAAAAAACCAAUACAAUUUAAACACAACUAUGAAAAAAAUUUUGAACAAGCAACAGGAAAAAGAUAAUUUUAUUAAAAGAAUAAAAGAUACUGAAAAAAAGCUGUCUCAAGUAAAGAAAAAUAUUGAUGAAACGUUAAAUAUAAACAAAGAAAUUAUUGGUAUUGACGUAAAUAAUGCUAUAAUUGCAUUACACAAGAAAAAAUAUAAAGAGUUUUCAAAAACUACAGACCAAACUGCAAUAAUUUAA